AUGGAAACUUUCAAGUUAUAUUCUGGCAUAUUAUGUGUGGUUGUUUGUGUUUGUUAUUAUAAUGCUCUGCACUGUGGUUUUGUUUUUGAUGAUAUAUCAGCUGUAGUGGACAAUAAAGAUCUGAGACCACACAGUCCUAUUUCUAGAUUAUUCUGGAAUGAUUUCUGGGGAACUCCAAUGAAUCAGGAAAGAAGUCAUAAAUCCUACAGACCACUAUGUGUAUUAACAUUUCGAUGGAAUUAUUUAAUACAUGAAUUAGAGCCUCUUGGAUACCAUUUAGUUAAUGUUUUAUUACAUGCCCUUACUUCUAUUAUUUUCAUGGUUAUGUGUAAAGAGUUUGUUAAAGAAUGGACCAGUUUUCUUGCUGCUUUAUUGUUUGCUAUACAUCCUAUACAUACUGAAGCUGUAACUGGUGUUGUUGGUAGAGCAGAAUCAUUAUCAUCUAUAUUUUUAUUGUUGGCUUUCAUAACAUACAGUAAAUCUACAGGCUAUAGACAACCCAUUAAAUGGACACCAUUGUUUGUAACAGUAUUAUUAGUAACUGUUGCUAUGUUAUGUAAAGAACAAGGUAUCACUGUAAUUGGUAUAUGUUGUGUAUAUGAAGUAUUUAUAGCUCAACGGUCCUCAGGAUCAGAAUUGUUAGAUAUAUGUAAAAGUUUGAUUCAAGGUAAACCAGCCUUUCCUGAUUGGAUGAAAACUUCUAUCAUUAGAGCUGGUUUUCUGGUAUCCAGUACCUUAUUAUUAUUAUUUGCUAGAAUCAAAGUUAUGGGAGCUCAAUUACCAGUCUUUACUAAUUUUGAUAAUCCUGCCUCCACUGCAUCAUUUCCUGCUCGUCAUUUGACAUAUAAUUAUCUCCUGCCAGUCAAUUUUUGGCUCCUCCUCUUCCCAUCAGAAUUAUGCUGUGAUUGGACAAUGGGAACUAUACCAUUGAUAAAAAGCAUAUCAGAUUAUCGUAAUAUAUUCACUGUGAUAUUUUAUUCUUGUAUGAUAUUAUUUGCCAAAUAUACACUCAGUGGACAGAGUAGAAGAAUACGUGCUGUCAUAAUAAGUAUAACAUUUAUGGUGCUUCCAUUCAUCCCAGCUUCUAAUUUAUUUUUUCCUGUUGGUUUUGUAGUAGCUGAGAGAAUUCUCUACAUGCCAAGUAUGGGAUUCUCAAUGCUAGUAGCUAUAGGCUUUGAAAUCUUGGCUUCCAAAAGAAAGUCUAUCAUGUAUUGUUUAUUGGGAAUAUUAUUAACAACACACAGCAUUAAAACAUUUGUCAGAAAUAUAGAUUGGGAGUCAGAAUAUAGUAUAUUUCAAGCAGCAUUAAAGGUCAAUAACAGAAAUGCCAAACUAUUUAAUAAUGUCGGCCAUGCAUUAGAAAAAGUAUCAGAAUAUGAAAGGGCUUUAACCUAUUUUCAAAAGGCUGUGAGUGUACAACCAGAUGAUAUUGGGGCUCACAUCAAUGUUGGUAGAACAUAUAAUAAUAUGAAUUUAUCUAAAGAAGCUGAACAAUCUUAUAGAAAAGCUAUGGAUUUAUUUCCACCAAUAAUUGCAGGAAAAUCAUAUACAGCAAGAAUAGCACCAAAUCAUUUAAAUGUGUAUCUAAAUUUAGCAAGUUUAGUUUCUAAAGAUGAAUCCAGAUUAGAAGAAGCUGAUAAGUUAUUACGGACAGCUAUAAGUAUGAGGUCAGACUAUAUACAGGGCUAUAUUAAUAGAGGAGAUGUUCUAGUCAAAUUAGGAAGAAGUGAAGAUGCUGUACAAGUAUAUGAAGAUGCAUUGAAAAUAGAACCAGAUAAUGCUGAUUUAUAUUAUAAUAUUGGUGUUGUGUAUUUAGAAAAAAAGAAGGUGAAAUUGGCUCAUAAAUAUUUUGAUUUAGCACUGAAAUAUAACCCUAACCAUCCACAAACAUUAUUUAACUCAGCCAUCUUGUUACAAGAAUCUGGUGAUCCGAGUUCUAGACCUGAAUCUUAUAAAAGAUUAGAACAGUUAAAGAAAGUAUCACCAAGUGAUUCUAAGAUAUAUUUUAAUUUAGCCAUGUUAGCAAUGGAUGACAAAAACUUUCCUGAAGCAGAAAUUAACUUUAAAAAGGCAAUCGAAAUAGAUGAUAAAUUCCGAAGUGCUCUAUUUAAUUUAGCUUUAAUGUAUAAUAAUGAUGUCGGUCAACCAUUAAAAGCUAUCCCUUAUCUAGAAAAACUUUUACAGUAUUAUCCAGACCAUAUUAAAGGGAACAUAUUAAUGGGAGAUAUUAAUCUAAAUCAGAUGAAGAACAUUGCAGCAGCAGAAAAGAAUUUCUUAGAUGUUUUGGCAUUGGAUCCCAACCAUGUUCAAGCCAUGCAUAACCUAUGUGUGGUAUAUGUAGAUAAGGGAGACUUAUUUUCAGCUGAGAAAUGUUUAGUGAAGGCUCAUAAUCUAGCACCUAAAGAGGAAUAUAUUUUAAAACAUUUACAAAUUGUCAGAACAAGAAUGCAACAAUAUCAACACUCCCAAAAACAAGCUACAACGAAAAAGAAACCUUAG